AUGCUCUUGCCUUCUGGCGCUAAGCUUGCUAAGAAGUUCAACUUGGUGUUAGUUUCCCAGACGAAAGCUUUAACACUGAAAAUCGUCGGUACAGUUCAUUUUUUGAAAUUUGUUGUGAGUGUGGAUCACAAACAAAGGAUUAAUGUGGAGCAGCAUUGUCAAGCAAGAGAUGCUGUGAACAUCAUCCCAUGUGAAGGAGCUGAUCGGGUGGAGCGGCACGAGCUCCUAGGGAUAAUGGAGGUCACGGUUUGUUACCGGUUGAGUACCCUGGUGAAUUCUACUAUUAAAACUCUUCUCGGGAACUAUUCGGACAAGUAUAGGUUGGAAGAAAGAGAUGGAGCCUUGUAUCUUGGUUGGAUGAAACGAGAUUUGGUCGCCUCAUGUGCAUGGAAAUGA